AAAUGGUUGAAAAAUGGCGACGAGUUUCUUCAACACGUGGGAUUCAAAUUUUGAAUUACCGCAAUCUAAUAUAAAACUUCCACUUUAUUUACCAGAAUGGGCUGAAAAUGGAGACAGUUUUUCUAGAUUAAAACUUUCGUGCUUAGCAAGUUAUAAACAUCCUUGUUGUGAAAAAUAUUUAAACAGUAUUGCGUCAGUCAGUAAUGAAAGAAGAAGACAAUGUCAAUAUUCUCAUCCUUGGGUGAUUCAUCCUUUCAGCGCCACCCGGUUUUAUUGGGAGUCAUUCAUGACAGUUAUUUAUGCACUAUCAUUUAUUAUAAUUCCAUUCAUGACAAGCUUCAUAGUAUUCGAUUUUAAAGUUAUUAGACUAGAUAGAGUUAGUCCAAUUUUUUAUUUGUUUUUUUGGGUCGACAUUUCCAUGAAUUUCAUCACUGGCGUUCACGGAAGAGAUAAAAAAAUAAUAAUACUUGAUCAAAGAGAAAUAAUUCAGAAGUAUAUCAGCGGAUUUUUUUCAAUUGACUUAUUAACAUCUUUGCCUUACGAUCAUAUUACUUAUUACUGGAGAGAACUUCCGGGACCAAAGUCAUCAUUUUUUGUAGCUCUUAUAAAUGUUUUGCCAAUGUUGAAACUUAUACGAUACAUGACUUUUCAUAAUAAUGUUUCUCAAUUGUUUGAAUAUUUUCAGAUAUCUGAUUUUAUAUGUCGAAUUAGUAAAAUUUUAUUAAUAUCAGUUUAUUUGGUUUACUGGUUCACGUGUUUAUGCUAUUUGGUACCUGUACUCGUGGUUCAUUUUGAUCAAGUUUUUGUUGAGGUAAGAGUAAAAUAUAUAAAUAAUUGCAUAAUUUGCUUGUACAACUUUAUUUUUUUAAUACAGGAUUGUGAUUGCUGGCUAAUUAAUAUUAUUGAUGAUGACAUUUCCGUACGCUUUAAGAGUUCAUUUUUUAUAAUCCUUCAAAAUUUUAUGACCACCGGAAUCCGUGCAAUUGAACCUGAGUUUACUGUACAUACCAUAAUUUGUACUUUAUUAAUGAUUUUAGGAAGAUUUUUUUGGGUUUACAUUAUCGUGCUUUUUUUUCAAAUAUAUAAUGAUAAAAAUACGUCUCAAUCUGGUUAUCAAGAAACAAUGAGCCAAAUACUAGCGUACACAAGACAAAAACAGAUGCCGCAUUAUAUGAGGAAACGUAUCGAGUCAUAUUAUUCUUAUCGAUUUAAAAAUAGUUACUUUAGAGAAAAAAAAAUUUUAUCUAAUUUAUCUGAAAUUUUACGUGAAGAAAUAACAAUUUAUUCAUGCCGUCGAUUGAUAGAAAAUUUAAUUCUUUUUCGUAAUCUGCCUAAAGAUGUUAUUACAUCAAUUGUAUCAAGAUUAAAAUUUGAGAUUUACUUACCUAAUGAUUUAAUUUUCAAAGCUGGUAAUUAUGGUGAUUGCAUGUUUUUUUUAAGUUCUGGAACAGUUGCAUUAUUUACUCCCACCGGAAAAGAGAUUUGUCAUUUAACAGAAGUGUCUUAUUUUGGUGAAGUAUCGUUACUAGUAAAAGAUCAACGUAGAAUAGCAAGUGUAAUUGCUGUUGAAGUUUGCGAAGUUUACAGACUCGAUCGUCGUGAUUUUCGUAAAUACGUUGCAAUUCACAAUGAUUUGUUUCAACAAAUUGAACGCAUGGCUAUGACAAGAAUGGAAAAGGCUAUUCUUAUUGAAGAACAAUACAAAAGAAAUCCUCUUAAACGUAAUCAACGGUCAAUGUAAUAAUUAACGUUUAGUUACAAUAACACAGCAAAUUAAUAUAUUUAUUCAAUAACUAUUUUAUUUUAAUAAUUGUUAAAAAUAAAAACAUAUUGAUAGUCG